AUGUCGAUUUACUCCAAGGUGAACGACCUCCUGGUCCGAUUGCCGGGUCUUUUCGACUUUGCCUGCACGCCGGACCUUGACACCAGCCUGAUGCGGGUGCUCUACUACGCCCUUUCGGGGAACGGAGAGCACUAUCGGCUGCUGUUCCCGGAUCUCGUCGUAAACGAGGACUUUCCGUCCAGCUGGGAGGACACCAUCAUCCACGAUUACCAUGGGUUCCUAACAAAGGGCCGAUUUUUUGACCAGCAGCAAAAGAGUACCAGCAAAGCCCACCACGGGAGAAUUUGUGCGCGCAAGAUCGAAAAGAAUCAAAUAGUCUACAACUGCUAUGAUUGCGGAAUAGACGAGACGUGUUGUCUGUGUGACGACUGUUUCAACAAAGAACAGCACUCGGAUCAUAACGUCGGUACGCACAUAUCCACUGGGGAUGCGAUCUGCGACUGCGGAGAUUUGGACUCCUGGAAAUGCGAGCUUAAGUGCGUGGCCAACAGCACUAUGGAGCCCGAGCCGGAAGAUCUGCCCGAGAGUUUGGCGCAGAAUAUCCACGAGGUGGUCCAAACAGUCCUCGACUACUUUAUCGAUGUGCAGUCGUUGAAUACGCAGAUCGUUCCAGGUACUCUGAGCUACCUUUACAUGAAACACGACCCAAGCUUGUUCAAGCAGCAUUCCGACGCAGCAAAGCUCUCCUUCAAAAAAUACGGGGUUGACGACGUCAAUUCUGAAGCUUUUUGUCUAGUUGUCUGGAACGACGAGUUCCAUGACUGGGCCACUUCACAGCAAAGCAUUGCACUUGCGCUGCCAAGUAUUGGCACUGAUAAAAAGCAGCUGCUCACACAAGAAAUAGACAGGGUAGGCAAGUGCACGAUAUCUGUGAGCACGCAUGUGGACAUCCUGCUUGACGAAUUCUACAAAGUUCAGACACACGGACUGACGGCCACCAUCGUGUCUUCAAGAGACGUUUGUAGAGACUUUCUGUGUGAGAUUAUCAUCAAGUGGCUGUCCAACAUGACCGAGCACCCAAACUCUAAGAUUGCGGAAGCAGUCAAGACCGCGAUUGCCACAAGCAUGUUCAGCCAGUAUUACAGUUUUCAAGAGAAACAAACAAUUGCAGAAAACAUAUACUCUUUUGACCGGAAAACAAUUGUUGGCAAUCUUCUCCCUGACUACAAAAUACCAAAUAUACCCGGAAGUCGACUGAAAAAGGACGCUACUAUUUCGUUACUGCGCUCCAAUGGAAUACUUUGUACUGAUGCGGAGUUGAACCCAGGGGAGCCCACCGCUGCAUCAACAACGAGAAUACAGUUGUUUUUCUUUCUCGAAAUGAGACUCUGGAAAAAACUCCGUAAGGUCCUACGAAGUUUAUUAAUGCCCACCUUAACAACAUCCUACAAUUAUAGACAGACACUCGCAGACCAAAUAGUGGAGAUCUUACCGGCUCUUGAAUUGAUACAGGCAUGGUACGACCGUGAAUGGAACUUAUCGCUGCUAGACCACUUCCGCUUGCAAAUUUACUUGGAUCCGAAUAUUGGCACCCAUUUGUUGAAAGCUGGGAAGCUAGACAGAAUAUUUCAGAGCGCUCUCCAGGUCUUCAAGAUGAAUGUGAAUGCCGGCAGAGGUGUUUAUUCUCCAGAACAGAACGUCCAUGAUUGGAAGAUACAGAGACUAUUAAAUGCCGAAUCUGCGUCGCUCAGAGGAUUAGAAACCCUUGCAAACUAUAUCAAGCCUGGCUCAGAAGAGAUUAUGAAUGUCGACACGUUAUGCUACAUUCUUCUUAUCCUCAAAAUUUUCACUCAAUCCUGGUCUUUGAAACGUAAAACUGAUGUUCAUGUUGAGCAUGAAAGCGAGGAGAGCAAACUCUAUUUCAUCCGCGCUCACCAGGCCUACAAUCUCACCAAACACAUCGGUAAGAUUAUUGCUGGUGUCGACCAUAGAUCGGAAAUUGUCGAAAACGCAAUUGCAAUCAUAGGACUAUAUCUUAACUUUACCUGUGUCUAUGAUAAUGAUUUGGACAUCAUAAAGUAUGAUGUGGCCAAAGAGAAAACGUCGUUCAUUCAUCCAAUUCAUUCUCUUCUCGCUGAAGUCUGCCGCAAUUACAAGUUCUUCGAGCCCCAGAUGUUAGAUAGAGAAAGUUCGCAAGUCGAUUUGAGAGGGUCUCUACUUGUUGCCGACAGGAAUGUUGAUCAUAUCAAUCUUUUUGCUAUUGCGGAUCAGGUUCUUCGCAGCCAGGUUCUCUCGGCUCAAAUUUUGUCUGGCUUCUGGGUCAGAAAUGGACAAGAGGCUGUCUUUCAGGAACUGUCAUACAGGUACAUUUUCAAUCCCGAAGGUGACUUGUAUUUGAACCAGCUAAGUGUCUUGAAAGAGACCUCGUUGAAGCGCUCGCUUCUUAACAUCUUUGAUAGAUACGGGCUGUUGAACUGUGUUAUGGGCGACUUACAAUUUGACCGCACUCUUUAUGAGGAGAAAAUUUAUGCCAUCAUUGGGGAGCUAGUGAACUUUUUGUAUCGGAUGCUCACCUAUCGCGUUUUCUUUGAUAAAAGCAUCAGCCAAGAAGACAUUGAGUACCUGAAAACUAAAUAUUCCAUCUGCUACAGACUGAUUCUGAAUCCCGUUCAGUAUACGGAACUGAAACGAUCGGUAGACAAUCCCUCAUAUUUCGACCGUGCAUUGAACGAGGUGGGUGAGUUUGUGCCUCCAACAGGUAUUAGCGACUAUGGACAUUACGUUUUGAAACCUGAAGUUUACUAUGAACUGGACCACAUGAGUUUCUUCAACCGCAGCAAUUCCCAGGAUGACUUAGAGAUGUCGUUGUUGAAAAGUCUUGCCAAAUUGAAGAAGAAAAAGGUUGAAGACGUAAUCAUUGUGCCGCAGAUAUACAAGCUCAAGGAUAGUGACUUGGCAGGAUUUUCUCGGAUCGGUUCAAUGCUCAGAACACCCAUCUUUGUGAAAUUCCUCUAUAAGGCGUUGUCAUUUGCAAUUUCCUCGGAUAAUGAUUAUUACGUGCCCUCAUUGCUUCACCUGGUUCAUGCCAUUAUUAUUGAUGAUGGGUUAUACCACACGGAUGAGAAUCAUGGUCUUCAAAGUUUCAUCGACAUUCCUGUGUGCAACUUACUGCUCACCAUUAUUCAGAAAGAGGACAUCUCUAAAAUCGUUGCAAAGAAAGCCUCUCAUAUUUUAGAUAUGCUUCUGAUGAAGGACGAAAGUGUUUUGCAGUCAUUAGUGGACUGUUUCGGACAGGCCCACAUCGACGAAUUCAAGAAGACUGCCAAUGGUAUAGUUUUGGAGACCAAGAAAGAGCGCGCAAAGAGGUUAGCAUUGAAGAGACAGCAGAAAAUCAUGAAAAAGAUGAGCAAACAACAAGCGGCGUUUGUGGAGAAAAACAAGGAGUUUUUUGAGGAGAUGCCUGUCUCCAAUGAGAUGGAUACUGAUAAUACUGAAACUGAGCUUCGAAGCUGUAUUUACUGUCGGAAUCCAGAAAACUACAAUGAGCUCUUUGGCAUGCCCACCCUUAUUUCGCAUUCAUCUAUUUUUUGGAACAUUCCAAUCUUGGAUAUGGACCCGCCAUAUUUCAUGAUCCCUGGUUUCCAGCAAGCUGAAUCCAAAACUCGCAAGCGUAAGUGGAACGAUCUAGUGAACGAUAUUUCCUGUUUUGGCACUAAGUGUACGCGUUCAAAGUACGUCAUCACAGGAUGUUUGCAUGGGAUGCAUUUCAGCUGUUUCCACAACUAUUUGAAAGAAAAUAGGUUUGAUGUAUCCCAGUACACAUGCCCCUUGUGUCAGUCUUAUUGCAACUCGUUUAUUCCGACGUCUCCAUUUCCUGAUUUUGAGCUCGAAAUUGCGUCAGAACUCAAGUCGAGCAGCUGGCAAAACAUUUAUCACGAGAAUCAUGGAGAUAACUGUUCUGAGCUUAGCAGCUAUGUCUUUGAUAAGAAGAUGUUCCGUGUGCUGUCUCACUCUGAGACUCCUGCUUAUAAGACAAUAAUGAAGCAGUUGAAGAUGCUGAUGAAAGAAAAUAAGAUCAUGCGGAAGGUGGCCAAGACUUCGUCUCAUUUGCUGUCGAUGAAGUUUUCCCUGCCUAUUCUUUUGGGAAACACUCUGGAAAUGUACGAAAUCGCUUCGAGGUUUGACUUCGAUGACCAGAAGGACGAUCUGAGCUCAAUGAAUACCACUCUGCUCCAGUCUCUGAUCCAAUUUCGGGUGCUUCUCAAUUAUCUACCUCCAGACCCGGCAAAUGAACAAAAGAGGUCAGCCGAGUACAACACGCUGCUAAAAACAAAUAACUUUGGAUUCACCACGGAGAUGAUGAUUCUGUACUUGGAAGGAAACGAGUCUUGUGAUAUUUUAAUGAGAGUUGGGAUGACCAAGUGGAUUGUAAAGAGCUUCUUUUCGCUGAUUUCCCGGUUCAGCUUGAAUCCAAAUAAUUUGGAAAUUGAUAGCAUUCUGGAUCCAACUGAGCCUAUGGACGAGUCAAUCAAGGAUAUGUUUGUCAACCUUGCGAAGAAAUGUGCCGCCAACCUGUUUAGGAAAUUCAUAAGUGAGAUUGGGCCAGCAUACUGCGAGGACGAGCUAGUCAACAAAAUCUACGCCAUCAUGAUCAACAUUUUCAAUCGCUACUACCGCCAGUUGGACUUUGUUAGACACACUUUCAAACUCAGCGGUGGACAUUUCCUUGCGUUCAAUGAGCUAUUCCAUAAUCUCAAAGACCCUAAGAGUCUCGAGUACUCUGUCUCAGUGCAAAUGGCGACGUUGAUGUCCCACUACCUGAGCUCACCCAACGCGCUGGUCCUGGACUUCCCAGGAAAAGUUCAUCUGUGCGAUCUACCGGAGAAACUUACAGAUUUCUUGAAGAACGAUCUGAUCAGCAAAGAAAAGGCCUCAGAAAGAAAGUUCCUUUGCUUGUUCUGCUCAUCGCUCGUCAAGAAGAAAGUCCAGCAUUUGACCACCUGCAAGCUCAACGAUGCAAGCUACUCGCUGUUUUUCUCGCCGUUCAAUAACAAGCUCGAAUUUGAGCUUACAGCUACGAAAAGCAACUUUUUUGUGGACAUCCAGAUUCCCAACGGAGCGUCUGUCAACGUUGGCUCGCCAUACUUCAACAAACACGGUGAGCCGGCAGGUGGUCUACUGGGCGCAGGGGAGUCGGGAACGCUGCAUCUGCCGCGGUACAAUUACAUCAACAAAAUCUGGCUCAACCAAUUCUUGAUCUCGACCAUUUACCGAGACCUCCACACGACUAUUAUGCGUCGGAGAAGAGCGGCGCCGUUCCAGUUUGGGAUUCCUGCACGCAACCCACCGCAGGCGUCGGACGACGACGACGAAAUGAGCGAAGACGGGGACGACGACACAGAGGCAAUGGACCCUGAAGAGUUUCUAACCGAUCUGCUAAUGCGCCAGGGCUACUACGAGCUGCUAUAA